ACAUUUUCAAUUUUUCAUUAGUUCCACUUUUUUAACAAGAAUCUAAAGCAAAUAUUUCAUGAUAACUGGAACUAAAAUUAGAUAUUAAAUGUAUAGACGGGAAAACUAGGAAAAAUCAAGCCCUAAAAAUCUUCAAUUUAAAAAUAUGUAGUUUUAAAUAAUGAUUGCUGUGAAGAAGGAGUUAAUAACCAAAAGAUUUUACCAUAUUAGUGCUUACAUUGGCAUUGGGACAUUCCUCUUAAAAUCUCCAGAAGUCUUAGAGGUAACUGAAGCUGCUCUUAAUCAAGGAUAUCGUCUUAUAGACACUGCAAGUGUUUAUAAAAACGAAUCUUCUAUUGGUCAAGUUUUGAAGAAGAUUGACUUAAAGAGGAAAGAUGUUUUUAUUACAAGUAAAUUAGGCCCUGCAAAUCAAGGUUCUGAAAAGGCUAAAAUAUCAGCAUUAACAUCACUAAGUAAUCUUCAGUUAGAUUAUUUAGAUCUUUACCUUAUUCAUUGGCCUGGUUCAUCUGGGAUGAAACCUGAUGAUCUAAAGAAUGCUGAACUCAGAAAAGAAAGCUGGCUUAAAUUGGAGGAGAUGUAUAAAGAAGGCAAAUUCAAAGCUAUUGGUAUCUCCAAUUACACUAAACAGCAUAUUCAGGAGUUAUUACAGUACUGUAGUGUUGUGCCUGCUGUUCUACAGAUAGAAGUCCAUCCAUACCUAACUCAAAAGGAAAUACGAAAGUUUUGUAAUGAGAAGGGGAUCCAUAUUCAAGCUUAUUCUUCUCUUGGCUCCAGGUCUGGUUGUAAGGAACUUAUGUCUGAUCCUGCAGUUGUCCAGAUAGCUCUUAAUCACAAUAAAACAUGUGCACAAGUGUUGCUGAGAUGGGCUAUAGACCAUGGAAUGAGUGUCAUCCCAAAGACACAGAGUACAAGUCGUUUGAAAGAAAAUUCAGAUUUAUUUGAUUUUUCCUUGACUCAGGAAGAACUGCAAAAACUGGACAAUCUUGACAAGCAAAAUCAUUUUUGUUGGAAUCCUAAAGAUAUAAAAUAGUUAUUGUUGUUUUUUUUUCAUCUUUAUAUGUUGUUAUUGACUUUAAAUAAAUUAUUUUUUUAGCAUUUUUUUUGAUAUUGCUAUAUAUUUUAGCUACAUACAAUAGCUAAUUUUGUUUCAAAAGGAAACAUUGAAAUAAAAAUAUUUUAAUUUCUUUACAAUAUGACAGAAAGUUAUUCAAACCCAUACCCAUUCUUUUUAGAUUUAUCUAUACAUAAUUUCCAGUUCUAAUACAUUAAUAUUGGCUUAUUCAAUAUUAAGUAAAAUAAAUUGAUUUUAAACGAAAAUUUAGCAUUAAGUUAGUUUAAAUAUAAACUGAUUAUUAUCUUUUUUUGAUUUUUUUUAUUAAUUAGAUUAUAAUAUUAGACAAAUAUAAUUUAAAAAAUUAGUGAUACCUGCCUAAUUUUAUGCUUGAGCUGUAUUUCUUCAAAAAAAAUUUUAAAUGUAAAAAUAAAUAUUACUUCAUAACUUUA